AGAAUGCUUCCUGUAAUCUGACAUGAAGCUGAGGGUGAAGUGAAACAUGUACAUUCAGUCCUAAAGCUGACAGUUGUUGAUACAUAUUUGCAAUCCGUGUAUUAUUUAGGCUUUAAUUACAUGUUAUAGCAGCAUAAUCUGAAUGUGUGAGACAGAAACAGGCAGAAAUAAAGGCUGUUUUUGCUGAUUGGAUGCACAAGCUUCCCUUGUUUGUUAGCAAGCUCUGACCUGAAAUGAAACAGGAGCACCAGGAUCUCAUCCUGCAGGUGUGUGGAGCGUCAUCCCUGCGUGUCGGUGCCAACAUCCAGACACUGUGGAGCGGUUAUGGGGAGAUCGUCCGGCUGCACCUAGAGGGCUGCGAGCGGCCCUCUGUGGUCGUCAAACACGUCAAGUUUCCAGAGGAGGCCGAGCACCCUGGAGGCUGGAACACAGACCGCUCCCAUGCACGUAAAGUCAGAUCCUACCAGUUGGAGACACACUGGUACCAGAAUUACUCCACCAAUCAGAGCUGUCGCAUCCCUGCCUGUCUGGCUGCCUGUUCCCAUGGAGACGAGAUGCUGAUCGUGCUGGAGGAUCUGGAUGUGGCUGGUUAUGAUCAGAGAAGGACCAGUGUGAAGGACAGAGAAAUAAAGACUUGCCUCAGCUGGCUUGCCCACUUCCAUGCUCUCUUCCUGGGUGUGGCACCAGACGGCCUGUGGCCUAUCGGCACCUACUGGCACCUGGAGACCCGACCAGACGAGCUGGAGGCCAUGGACGAUGCCCAGCUCAAAGCAGCAGCCGGCGACAUUGACAGGAUACUCAACAAAUGUCGCUUCAAGACCAUCGUUCACGGAGAUGCCAAGUUAGCCAACUUCUGUUUCUCUCAGAGCGGACGGGAUGUGGCAGCCGUUGACUUCCAGUAUGUCGGUGGGGGCUGCGGGAUGAAAGAUGUUGUGUAUUUUUUAGGAAGCUGCAUGGACGAGAGGCAGUGUGCAAAGAAGGUUCCAGGACUGCUGGACUACUAUUUCACAGAAUUAAAGCAAUCUGUGAAUAAAGAUGUGGACUUUGUUGCCCUGGAGAAAGAGUGGAGGGAGAUGUUUGCAUUUGCAUGGACAGAUUUUCAUCGAUUUCUGCUGGGAUGGAUGCCUGGACACUGGAAGAUCAACCGGUACAGUAAACAAUUGACCAAGGAGGUUCUUCACAAACUGAAACUGCACCCAGAACCAACAACGUUUUAACAAUAGACAACCAAAGAACUGAGUGUGUGGCUGAAAGGAGACCACUUUGAACCUGAAAAUCUGUGAAUGUUAAAAUGAAUCACACACAAACACCUGUGUACAGUGAAGCAUGCUUAUCAAAACAAUCCUGGAUAAAUAAAAGCUUGUGAAAAGACUCAGGCUUUUCUUACCAAUACUGCAGCUCUUGAAAAUGAAAGUGACAAUGCUGAGAACAGAAAGGUGAAUGGAGUGAAAACCCCUAAAUUAAUUUCAACUACCCAUUAAAUCCUGGAAGAUUUAUAUCAGUCUUUUCAUUCCUGUUUGUAGUUUUGGGUCUUGGACCAUGGUUGGGCAAAACACACUGUUUUAAGGACUCUGGGAAACUGUGAUGGACAUUUUUCACAAUUGUUUGACAUGUUAUUGACGAAACAUUAAGUAAUCAAAAAUAAAUCCGAAGAAGGAUCGUCAGUGGCAUUUAUGGUUAGCUGCAGUCCUAUAUUGCUUUGUUGUAAAGUACUUUUACUUUUAUAUGCCUUCGCACUGGCGUGUCCGGAGGCAUUAUGUUUUCAAGUUGUCCAUCCGUCCCAUUCUUGUGAACGCAAUAUCUCAAGAACGCCUUAAGGGAAUUUCUUUAAAUUUGGCACAAAUGUCCACUUGGACUCAAGGAUGAACUGAUUAGAUAUUGGUAGUCAUAGGCUAAAUGUCAAGGUCAAUGUGGCCUCAUCUGUCUCAUUCAUCUGAACACAAUAUCAAGAACACCUUGAGGGAAUCUUUUCGAAUGUGGCACAAACAUCCAUCUGGGUGGGUCAAAGGGGUAAAAGGUCAACUUCACUGUGACAUCAUCUGCAAAAACACUUCUCUGGCCAUGAUACCACAUCAUAUCUCAGUAACAGGAGGAGAGACAUUUGGUUGGAUACUGAAUUAAAUUUUGGGCGCCCACCUUUAAACUGCACUGAUUGUUUAGAUCAUCUGUGCUGUCGGGGGAAAGAUGUGUGUGAAGCAUCCACGUUUUUACAGACAUGAAUGGGAACCGUAAGUGCAGCUUAACUGAAACACGGAGGCAAAAAACUGUGUGGCAGUAAUUCUAGUUUCUUUUGGUCUUGUCUUGCCUGUAACAGAAGUUAGUCCAGGUUUUCAUUAAAUUCUGUGUCCUGAUACAGAUUGUCAGCUGUAUCAGCUAGUAGAUUCUGAGAGCUGUUACAACAAAGAUGGCUCCCACAAGAUUGGGAUUGUGUAAUAAAUUUUGACAAUUAUAAAGAAAAUUUUGUGAUACUACAGAUACAGAAAGGGUCACAUUUUUUGAUGUAAUGUGAUCCUUGAGAAGGAUGAAAUUUUUGAUAACUGUAAGUAAUUAGUUAAUAUUAGUUCAUUAGUAAUUAAGACCCAGUAGCUUAGGUUUAAAAAUUUAGCUAACUUAAAGAGAGGGUAAAACACUGAUAACUGUAAAGAAAAGAAAAUGUGACCCAAGAGAAGGUCAAAGUUUUUGGUAAUGGUAAGUAUUUAGUAUUUGUUGAUUAGUAAUUAUGACCCGCUAGCUAAAAGAGAGGGUGAAAAUUUUUUAUAAUUCUAGAAAUAACUUGACUGGAUACAGAAAGGGUAAAACAUACUGGUAACUAUAAAGAAAAUAAUGUCACCCUACAGAUAGAGAAUGGGUAACAGAUAUUGAUAACUGCAUAAGAAAACUGUGGAUCCCUAAUUUUGAAAACUGUAUUUUUUUUAUAAUGUGAUGUUGUGGAUACA